AUGCGUGAGGAUACAGUGAGCAGUGGGAUGCACUUUCCCACAGGGCCCGGGAACAGUGAUUUUGACGGCGAGAGGAGGACGCCCGUGCUGGGGCCAACUGGUAAGAAAAGGCUGUCCUGCUCCAACUGCAGGAAGCGCCGGAAGAAGUGUGACUUGGGGUUCCCCUGUGGGAACUGCACUCGGCUCGAGAUUGAGUGCAACGUGAACGAGGACGAUCUGCGCAAGAAACGGUACACCUCCGGAUACGUCAAGUCGCUGGAGGCACACUGUGCAUACUUGGAGUCCAAUUUGAAGGCAGUUGUUGAUAAGCUGUAUCCAAACAAUGAGCAAGUGUUGAACAGCAUGAUGAUUGGCGACGUUAUCUCAAAUGUAGACGCGAGUGCUACUGCCACUCCAGAUCCAACAUUCCACAGCGACGCCGCCGCUUCCGCCGCUGCUGCUGUUGCUACUGUGAGUGCCCCAUCUCAUAGUACUGCUAUGCCUGCCCCUGUGCCAAAUAAAUCAAAAAUUACUAUCUUGCCCCCUCUUCACAUAGAACAGGCUGAUAUCUCAGCUCGCCAAUUGAGACACUUGGAGCACGCAGAUUCUGCAGAAAGGAAACCCAAGAAGACGCUUGUGAAGGGCAGUUUGUACCCAGAGGGACCAGUCACUUAUAAAGUGCGCCCCGGGGCGUACAGUUCAAACUCAUCCGCGUCACUUGCAUCGACAGACUCUAUCACGCCGUCUACGAGGUCACAAACUCCAGAUUCAAUGGACUCUACGGGACCUACACACCCGUCAAUAAAUCAGGCGCAAGCACACAACCGUAUUGCCGACUUAAAGACUACUGUAAUUAAGCGAAUUUCUUCCAGUGACUCUAACAGAAUCAAUACAGACCCAAAAAUACUUCAGUCACUCUCCAAUUUUUACCGAUGGUUGUACCCAGGACAUUUCAUAUUCAUGCACAGAGAGAGUUUCUUGUACGGGUUUUUCAACCAUGCUGAGGAUGACUAUUCGACAUCAGAAUACUGCUCUAUGGAAUUGAUAUAUGCCGUGUGUGCGAUUGGGUCCCGUCUAUCACUGGAACUGCAGGACUUUUCAGAAAUGUACUACGAGAAGAGCAAAACCGCGUUGUUGAAGCUCGUGUUUGAUGAAAACAGCGUUACCUCUAUUACAACUGUUCAAGCGUUGCUGUGUCUCGCCUUUUACGAGUUAGGAAAAGGGAAUAACCAACUGGCAUGGUAUUUCAGUGGUCUUGCCAUCAGAGUCGGUUACGAGAUGGGGUUCCAGCUAGACCCUGAAGUCUGGUAUACAGAUGCAGACGAUAAUGGUAAAGGGAAACUAACGAAAAGUGAAUUGGAAAUUCGUUCAAGGAUUUACUGGGGGUGCUAUAUUGCGGAUCAUUUCAUAUGCCUGAUGUUGGGAAGGACAUCCACGUUGAGCGUGAGUAACUCCACUAUUCCAGCAUCGGAUGAACUUCCUGAGGUGGAGGGUACAGAAGAGUUCAGAUUCAUUGGUGGACACGUCUUACAAGUAGCACUACCGCUGAAAAAUUUGAUCAUUUUGUCCCGUAUUGUUCAAAUAUUCAUCUCCAAGAUUUUCAUCGAGUCUCAGGACAAUACUGCUAGGUUAGAAUACUUGGCAACUUUCAACAAUCAAGUUUACAGUUGGAGACAAUCACUGCCGGAAUUUUUAUUAUGGAGUCAAGAAUUGAUCAAGGAUGAAGACGUGUCCACUGAUCCAACUGUAUCGUACUUCUGGUACUACUACUAUAUUGUUCUUCUUACCUUCAACAAACCAUUCAUUGAGGAAAGUGAAGAGUCCCGAGUAGUAGUUAUUGAGAUCAUCGAUGAUUUACAAACGUUGUUUACAAAUUUUAGCCACAAGUUCCACAACUAUGAAAAGGCCACUUUGUAUCAGCUUUACGCAUGCCUUCUGGCAAUAAGUUGUUUGAGGAAGUUACAAAUCAUUGACAGCCCCCGUUGGGACAAUUCAUUCAGACUCUUUCUGCGAAUUUUCCAUGAAAAACUGUAUCCACAGUAUAUUCUUCCUGCAAAGUUGAAAGAAGAGCCCAUCCAAAAUCUAGUGUACAACCAAGAUUUCACGUUGAGUCACGAAAUAGACGACCUAAUAAAGGAAUUAUUUGGUGUUUAA